AGUUAUUAUAAUCGCGUAGCGCAGCACAGUUGCUAGUAUUAUUUUCUGAAAGUUGGCACUCUGCUACCGCUUUACGAAGACCGUAUUUAAUAAUUAAUUUAAAUAGAUAUAAAUCCAUAAAAUAAAAUAAAACAAAAGUGAAAUUUAUAUGUACUUAGUUGGUGCUAAUUUGUGAGAAUUUGUCCAUAAUAUAAAUAGUCAGUGUGUUGUUUCCGUCAAUCAGUUUGACGCAUGCGCUCAUUGGCUGUCGUAAAAAACGGUUAGCCAACAUUCCGAACAGUGUCGUUCCGGUCGCCAUUGGCGUGGUGUCGGUGAAGUUAGUGGUUAAAAUUUUACGUGUUUAACAUCGAAAAAUGGCGUCUGGUGUAACAGUUUCGGACGCAUGUAAAACGACGUACGAGGAGAUUAAGAAGGAUAAGAAGCACCGCUACGUGGUGUUCUACAUCCGAGAUGAGAAACAGAUUGAUGUGGAGACCGUCGGCGAGCGUAACGCCGAAUACGAUCAGUUCCUUGAGGAUUUGCAGAAGGGAGGCACUGGCGAGUGCAGAUACGGUCUGUUCGACUUCGAGUACACGCACCAGUGCCAGGGCACGUCGGAGGCUAGCAAGAAACAGAAGCUCUUCCUCAUGUCAUGGUGCCCCGACACCGCCAAGGUCAAGAAGAAGAUGUUGUACUCCAGCUCUUUCGAUGCGUUGAAGAAGUCGCUGGUGGGCGUACAGAAGUACAUCCAAGCGACCGACCUCUCGGAGGCCUCCCAGGAGGCAGUCGAGGAGAAGCUGCGCGCCACCGACCGCCAAUAAGUCAGCAUUUAUCGCACGACCGAAGUGCGGCGCAUCGCGACCCACGCCACGUCACGUCAACAGCGACACACACACACACACUGUGUCUUAGUCAGUAUUGCAGGCACGGGCUCGCGGUGCGACCCACAAACGUUUCGCAUGGGUUUUUUUAUAUAUUAUUUCGGUCCUUAAGCUUUGCAGUCGAUUCCACUCCGGAUCGGCCCUACCGACAUCAGUCGGGCAGUCGGAACUCUUGUACAGAUCACUGUAAACUACGGCCGACUCCGCGACAGCCUCUACUAUAGCAAUUAAAAAAACUUUAUGUAAUAAUUUAAAUUAUAUGUACUAAUUAUUAUAUAUAUUUUUUCCUAUAAAUAACUAAAGAGUAAGUUAAGCUCAAACUAAAUUUAAUACAGCUACUACGUAUGCGUGGAUCUUUUUUUUAUUGUAAAACAAGUUAGCGAACGCCGGUCGGCUUUUAUACUAUUUAGAUUGUAAUAUAAAGAAUGUACGAUUUUAUACGAUCACCUAGUUUCGUUUGAAAUUCAUCUUGCUAACGAAUGUAAGCUUGAGCCACGGCUCGAAACAUGGCGGGCGUUGGAUAAGUAUUUUGUAACCGAUUUAUCCAGAAAUACACUCGAUAUAAGAGAA